AGCUAGCUGAGCAUAUCCUAUCCAGUUAGCUAGCUCACGCAUAGCCUCUGAACUCCGAGUGGUAAGCUUGGAAGGACAAGAAGCAGCAGCAGCAAUGGCGAAGCUUUGCUCAGUGCUGGUGACCGCAGUGGUCGUGCUCUCGCUUCUGACGAGCCCCAUUGAUUGCACCCGCAAGCUCAGCAAGCCCAGGACAAAGCCCAAGCCCAAGCCGGUCAGCCACAGGCCGGCACCGGCAGCCAAGGUCAGCCACAAGCCGGCGGCGCCUGCCGUCAAGGUCAGCCGCAAGCCGGCGCCUGCGGCCAAGGCCCACCGCAACUACACCGCCACCCCCUCCUCGCCGUCCACCGUGUAUGGCUCCGGCGGCUGGCUGUCCGGCGCCGGGGCCACGUACUACGGCGCCCCCAACGGCGACGGCGGCGAAGGCGGCGCGUGCGGGUACCAGACCGCCGUCGGGAAGCAGCCGUUCGACUCGAUGAUCGCCGCCGGGAGUACGCCGCUGUACAGGGGCGGCGAGGGCUGCGGCGCCUGCUAUGAGGUCAGCAACUCGUAUGCUCGUGUAAAUGGUGGUCUGGCACACGGCCUGCCACUGAACUGUCGUAGCUCAAUUAUUGCAAAGCUGUCGGCUGGUCGUCCACUCGUCCUCAAAAACUACGGUAAAAAUGUGCAGGUCAAAUGCACGACCAACGCGGCCUGCUCCGGCCACCCGGUGACCAUCGUGAUCACCGACCAGUCCCCCGGCGGGCUGUUCCCCGGCGAGGUCGCCCACUUCGACAUGAGCGGCACGGCGCUGGGCGCCAUGGCGAAGCCCGGCAUGGCCGACAAGCUCCGCGCCGGCGGCGUCCUGAGGAUCCAGUACAGGCGGGUGCAGUGCAAGUACCCCGGCGUGAACGUCGCCUUCAAGGUGGACCAGGGCGCCAACCCGUUCUACUUCGACGUGCUGGUCGAGUUCGAGGACGACGACGGCGACCUCAGCGCCGUGGAGCUCAUGGAGGCCGGCAGCCGGGCCUGGACGCCCAUGGCGCACAACUGGGGCGCCACGUGGCGGCUCAACAACGGCAGGAGGCUCAACGCGCCCUUCGGGCUCCGGCUCACCUCCGACUCCGGAAGGGUGCUCGUCGUCAGCAACGCCAUCCCCGCCGGGUGGAAGCCCGGGACGACCUACCGGUCGCUGGUCAACUACCCCUGAAUCGUUCUUGCAUUGCCACCAAUGGAGGAGCAGUGCGUGGUGAGAAAUGUGCGUCCAGGUUUCGCGAGAGGCGGUGUCAAAGGAGGAGGAGGUUGAAGAAGGGAAUGGUGUUCUUCCCUCCCUCCACGGUCUCUGCAUU